CGUGUCUCACGUAACUCGAAUCGAUUUUUUGCUAGCCAUUGUAUAUUUGAGUCGAAUGAAAUGCUGGAAGCCUAGAUCCCAUGAUGGCUUAUUUUAUUGGAUUUAUUGGAGCUACAAACAUACUUAUUUGUUUCGGCAGGGUUAAUCAGUUCCUUAUCCCAAACGUUGCAACGGUUCGUCAAAAUGUUGUCGUCACCUUUCAUCCAGAAGUUUUUGCUCAUAUCCGCAAUGGUGCUGCUGACCUUUCUAAGGUUGGGGGAGGGCCAGAAAAUUGAUGCAUCUGGAAAACUGGCUUCUGAAAGUGCAUCGUCGUUGUCGCCCCAAUCGUUCUAUGCGGAGAACCACUUUUGUUUUGCUAGCGUCAAGGUUCCGUUCUACCAAAGAGACACUGACGGAGCAGUUUGUUGUCGCGGAAAGGAGUUGCCAGUCAUAACCUUGUCACCGGAAGUGACAGGAAAAUGUGCAAUCAGCACAAAAACCGGGGCAGAUGGGCUCCUGGACUCGCAACCCUUGUGGUGUUCGUACACAUGCUCCUUGACGAAAAUCGGAGCGAUGGAUGCUCAAGGGAACAUUGUCCCAGAAAAAUAUUUCAACCAUUUAGCAAAUGGUUUGACGGAAGCGUCCAAAACGAGGCUCAAGACAAUAAUGGACAAGUAUUUGGGAUGCUUUAAGGCCAUGAAAAAUCCAGAUUCGCCAUGUCUCACUCCGCUCAGUUUUCACAAAUGCUAUCAAGACGCUCUAGUUUUCCUCUGUUCUGUGGGGCUUCCGAAAAAUAAUGAUUUUAGUACAUUCCCAAAAAUAAAGGCAGACUACAACAAAGUUCAGCCCUUCUGCUACUUCAAUAACCGCAAGUUAAUGCCAGGCUGCUGUCACGGGAAGCCGAUGCCUUGGACAGUCCCAGAAAUUCUCGAAGCGACACGAAAUGAAACUGCGUACAACAAAUGCAUGGCAGAAAUGGGAGACGAUUGUGAUGCUACCUGUCUCCUGCGGUCGCUGGAUGUGGUAAAUGACGACUUGGACUUGGACGUAGAGAAAUUUUCCCAGAAAAUCUUCAAAUAUUUCCCCAUGGUCAAGCCUUCUGCCUGGAUGGAUUUUACUGGACCAGUGUUUCUCUUUUACGACGAAAUUUUGGCAGACAUGGGAGAUGACGAAAAUAAUCCGACUCAAAGGAUUUGCCGGUUUCAUGAUCGAGUAAUGGAGCUUCACGAAAGUAAAGUUGAUCAGUAUUGCGCCAUGUCGACUGAGGAAGUUCGUGAACUUGUGAAAAGCAACAAGGAGAAGACUUCCAAAUAAUCCGAUAAGCACCUCAAACUCAAAGAACCAGUGUUUGUUUCCCUUGAUUACAAAAAAUUGAUGUACAAUUACACUACCUACUAAUACUAAUAGUAAGUACAAUAAAUUAUCCAGCAAAAACCUGUAUGCAUACAUACAACUCUAUUAAAUAAAUCUCCAUGCAAAACAAUA